AAGAUGUGACGUACUUCCUCCUGUCUAAGGUUCACCCUGUUAUCUGCGGCUUCUCUCUUAUUUCCACCUCAGAUCGCCUGUAAAACCUUCCAGAACUUGUUGCUACUGAAUCAUUUCACAUUAUUCAGAUUCACUGAAGUUCAAACUGCGACUUUCUGUUUGCGUCACUUCGGCUUCCGGUCAGUUUUCGUGUCUUUUCCGGCGUUUCUUUGUCGAAGUUCAAUCGCAGUUAGCUCCAGAGCUAAGUAUCAUCCCGUCCCGUAAAAGAACCAAUCAGCGGAUCGAGAUCUGAAGCAUGGACCAAUCAGGAGUCGCAGCACAAACGCAGAAGAGUCCGUGGGGUUCUGUGGGCCCGGCGGCGCCGGCCUGCUCCCUGACGGAGGUGAUGAGCGAGCAGCUGGCCCGGCAGCUGGACGAGGAGGACCAGGGCUUCCCAGCUCUCCCACACCCGGCAGCCGACCCGGAGGAAGGUCCGGACACGGACAGCGACCUGAUGCUGGCCCAGAUGCUGCAGAUGCAGUUCGACCGCGAGUUCGACGACCAGCUGCGCCGCGAGGAGAGGAAGCUCAACGGAGACAGCAAAGUGUCCAUCUCCUUUGAGAACUACCGGAAAGUCCAUCCUUAUGAGGACAGCGACAGCUCAGAGGACGAGGUGGACUGGCAGGACACGAGACACGACCCCUACCGGGCCGUGAAGCCCCAGGCGGCGCCCCGCAGAGGCUUCAGUGGGAAGGGGAAGAACAUCACCACCAAACACGACGAGGACGCCUGCGGACGGAAGAACACGGCCCGCAUGGACAACUUCGCCCCAGAGGUCCACGUGGGGGACGGGUUGGGGAUGGACCUGAAGCUGUCCAACCAGGUCUUCAACUCCCUGAAGCAGCACUGCUACAGCGAGCAGCGCCGCAGCGCCCGGCUGCACGAGAAGAAGGAGCACUCCACCGCCGAGCAAGCCGUGGACCCGCGGACCCGCCUGCUCAUGUACAAGAUGGUGAACAGCGGAGUUCUGGAGAACAUCAACGGCUGCAUCAGCACCGGCAAGGAGUCGGUGGUGUUCCACGCCGACGGAGGCAGCCUGGAGGAGCAGCCGGUCCCAGAGGAAGUGGUUCUGAAAGUCUUCAAGACGACGCUGAACGAGUUCAAGAACCGGGACCGCUACAUCAAGGACGACUACCGCUUCAAGGAGCGCUUCAGCAAACUGAACCCCAGGAAGGUGAUCCGGCUCUGGGCCGAGAAGGAGAUGCACAACCUGGCCAGGAUGAAGAAGGCGGGGAUUCCCUGUCCGGACGUGGUUCUGCUGAAGAAGCACAUCCUGGUGAUGUCGUUCAUCGGGAAGGAGCACGUCCCGGCGCCCAAACUCAAAGACGUGGCGCUGGGGGCCGAGGAGGCGGCGGAGGCGUACCGCCAGGUGCUGCAGCUGAUGCAGCUCCUCUAUCAGGACUGUAAUCUGGUUCACGCCGACCUCAGUGAAUACAACAUGCUGUGGUACCAGGGGAAGGUGUGGCUGAUAGACGUCAGCCAGUCGGUGGAGCCCACCCAUCCUCAUGGCCUGGAGUUCCUCUUCAGGGACUGCAGGAACGUUGCCACGUUCUUCCAGAAGAGGGGAGUGAGCGAGGCACUGAGUGUCUACGACCUUUUCAACGCCGUCACCGGACUCAACAUCCCGGUCAGCGCCGACGAUGACGCGCGCUUCCUGGCUGAGAUUGUUGCCAUGGAGAAGCGGAACGACGACCACGUCCAGAAGCGGGGGAAGAAGACGUUCCCGGUGACGUCGGAGGACGGCGGUCCUCCUUUAGACCCCGACUCUGAUGACUAGUCCCCCCCCCCCCUCCCUCUAACGGCCCGACUCGCUUUGAUCCGCCAUGUCAGAACCGCUGGCGUCCGGUCCCACCGCCUCCUCCCAGGAGGGACGGAGCGCCACCUCCUGGCUGCAGGAGGCAGAGAGCGUCAUGUCCUCCUGCUUAUCGCUGUUUGAUGUGAUGAAGACUAGAAGCAGAUGAAGGUUUUCACUCCGGACCUGAUGGGUGAAAGCCAAUCAGACGUCCUAGUUAAAUCCACAGAGCUGCAGCUAUAAACUGAGUGUUUUCGUCAUGAAUCAGUGUCUGUGUGUUUUGAUUUUAAAAGGUGUUGAGCUCAGGUUUCCUGCUGUAGCUCCGUGUUUCUGAUUUUAACCAGGUGGGACGACGGAGGAAUAUUAGGAUUCAUCGACUGAAUGUGGAAAAUGAAAUGUUUGCUGUGAGAAAACAUAAAUGUUUUUAUUCAAACUCAUACGAAGCAGGUAAACAAUAAAGAAAUGAGAAAACAU